AUGACACCCUCCCACCGCCCCAGGAAAAAACUCCCUGUCCGCCGACGAGGCCGUGCCUUCUACCUGACUGCCCUCGCCAUCACCCUCUUUGCUUGUUAUAGCUUCCUACGAGACUUUCAUUACGGCCACUCUUCUUAUGGCGACAAACUCGAUGUCCGCGCCCUGACAUCACGCGACCUUGAGUGUCGACUUGUCCACAAUGCCAAAGACAAAUGUACCUAUGUUAAGGAAAACUGUCCCGACGAAGAAGCCGGCCUCCUCUCCUACCUACAGCUUUAUUACUGCUCCCUUCCCGACGCCCAGCCGGUCGCAUUUCUCCUCCUCGUCUUAUGGCUCAGUCUCCUCUUCAGUACGAUCGGCAUUGCUGCCUCGGACUUCCUCUGCAUCAACCUGAGUACCAUUGCGAAUAUUCUGGGCAUGAGCGAGAGUUUAACGGGCGUGACGUUUUUGGCCUUUGGAAAUGGCAGCCCCGACGUCUUUUCCACCUUUGCGGCCAUGCGCAGUAACAGUGGCAGCUUGGCCGUGGGGGAAUUGGUGGGUGCAGCCAGCUUCAUCACCUCUGUGGUCGCAGGGAGUAUGGCCUUGGUGGCGCCUUUUCAAGUCGCUAAGAGGAGCUUCGUUCGGGACGUGGGCUUCUUUGCGGUGUCGGCGAGUUUCAGCCUGGUGUUCCUUGCGGAUGGGAGCCUGCGGCUGUGGGAGUCAAUCACCAUGAUUGCAUAUUACGUCUUCUACGUGGUUUUUGUGGUUGGCUGGCACUGGUGGCUCUCCCGACGACGGAGGAGGAGGCUGGCGGAGACUGCGGCGAGGUUACACCACCACAUUCCGGAGUCACAGGAGCUGGAGGUGCCCGAGAUCGAGGAGGACGAGGAAGCACGCCCUGCUACGGAACGGACUGGUCUGUUGCGCGAGCAGUCAAACGAAAGUAUCCCGACCCUGCGGACCCCUGGAACUCCAGCUUGGAAGGUUGAAGACCUCGACGAAGACGACGAGACGCGAGACCGAUACCUUGCGGAAUUGCAGAGCCGGAUGAGAGUCGGCCGACCGGCACGAGGCGAGAGGAGGAACACAAUGACCCCGAUCCGGCCGAGCUUGAUAGGGGCGCUCGAGUUUAGAUCUCUCAUGACUUCACUGGAGAAGAAAGCCACCAAUGCGCAACCUAUUGGACUUCGCAGGUACUCUGACGACGCAUCGGCAGUCCACUCUCCCAUUCCCGUCAGCGCGCCGCCCCUUGCUUCUCAGCCGGAGCUGGUUAGCACACAUUAUACCGAUCUGGAGCCUGAAGGUGUCCGACGUACACGCGCCGUAUCUGCGAACGAUGCCACCCAUUUGCGCAUCGAUACGGAUUUUCUCAGCGACAGACAUUCUGAUCGAAGUUCAGAGAAUGUCCUCACCAGUGGCGACUCUACGCCAAAUGCUCCUGCUGGAAAACACAGCAGGGCGAGCGCGCAAAUUCUGAGAACACUCAACGAACCAUCCUCCCAGACACUACAGUCACCUAAACUGGUCGCGUCCACGUCAGGCCACAAAAUGCCAGAAACGGGGUCUCUCUCUUCGGAGCCUUCCAAGUCGCCCAAUCUCUUAGCUCCGCCUGUGACGACCUUCCACCGCCCGGAUUACCACGACGAGGACCAUCACUCUGCCGGUCGAAGUCCGGUCAUGUCGCCUCGCUCCGCCCCGACCUUGCAAGUACCAAUUCUGCAUACUCCACAUCCCGACCAUUCCAAGGGAGCGCUGCGCCAGGAAAAUUUUCCGCCUUACGUGGAUUCUCCCAUGCUCCUCACUCCGCUUUCCUCCCGGCCCCCAAGCAUUCACCUGCCCGCACCGAGCAUGUCUCCCCAGUCAACCCACCAUCUGGGCCUUCUACCGGACGAAGAGGAACCGCCGAUGCGGAGGUUUUCAUGGUGGCCAUACCGAUACCUUCCCGCUCCCCAAGUUAUAUGUGCCACGUUAUUUCCCACCAUUUACGAGUGGCGGGAGAAGUCAUACACGGACAAGUUGUUGGGUGUGAUCACUGCUCCCAGCGUCUUCCUCCUCGCUCUCACACUUCCGGUCGUCGAGCCUAAGGAGGAAAAGCCGGCGGAUCAAGAGCCCGAGCUCCUGACGCCAGCCGAGGGCAUCCGCCGCAGAUCAAUAGGCUACUUCGAAAUCCCACAAGACAGGCCCGAUGCCAACUCGCGGUCCGCAUCAUCUGACGGACCACCCCAUCCGCACGGAACUGGAAUCUCCAGACAAAUGUCGGAGCAUGCCAAAAGUCCUCGGCCAAAUGUGGAUGGGGUCGCGAGGUCCAAGGAUUGGAACAGAUGGUUGGUGUUCCUCCAAGUAUUUACUGCUCCGUUCUUCGUGGUAACCAUUGCCUGGGCCAACAUGGACGAAGAUCAUACCACGAAGCUGUAUAUUCGGAUGGUAUUGGGAUCAUUGGUGUUCUCCCUCGUGUCGGUUCUUAUCCUUCUCUCGCUGACCACACCUAAUCGGGAGCCCAAAUAUCGGCCGCUACUCUGCUUCUUGGGGUUUGCUGUGGCCAUAGGAUGGAUAUCUACCAUCGCCAACGAGGUGGUCGGCGUGCUGAAAGCUUUUGGGGUGAUCCUGGGCAUAUCGGAUGCGAUUCUGGGCUUGACCAUCUUUGCUGUUGGCAACUCGUGUGGUGACUUGGUCGCAGACAUCACCGUGGCCAAACUGGGCUACCCCGUUAUGGCACUGUCGGCUUGCUUUGGGGGGCCCAUGCUGAACAUCUUGCUCGGAAUUGGCAUUGGAGGGAUGUACAUGAGCAUCAGCCACGCGACUCACCACCACGCCAAACACCCUCAGAAACCAAUCAAGUACAAACCCUACGACAUCGAUGUGAGCACGACGCUGAUGAUAUCGGGCAUUACCUUGUUGGUGACCUUGGUGGGCCUGCUCAUCGUGGUGCCGUUGAACGGAUGGAGGAUGGAUCGCAGGAUCGGGUUUGGAUUGAUCUUGCUGUGGUCGCUGUCGACCGUGGGCAAUGUGAUUGUAGAAUUACUUGGAUAUGGGGGAGACACUGUGCUGUCCAACAUGUGGAGAUGA